AUUGCGGGCUCCUUAUAGUAGGCUGAGGUUGCUAGAAAUGCUAGGGCCCAGACGCCAGCAAUAUGGCAGAUCCUAGCCCUCAACGAAGGACGCGUUUCGUCUUGUUCAAGCAACAUGUCAUCACAGCGCAUGACAGUCAUUUUGCUGGAGGCAAGCAUGCAUUCAUGUCAAUGGCAUCGACUCUGGCGGCGGAGGGCUUCGACGUGCACCUCAUCUCGAUUGCAAGCAGGGGCAAGGUCCUUGUGCAUGCGGGCAUGUCCGGCUUGCUUCCGCUGCUGAGCUUCGCGCGGCCAGGCGUGGUGAGCUGGCGCGAGGGGCGGCUGCAACAGCACGUCGUGCUCAGCGACGAGGGUUUCGCUAACGUUGCUGUUGCAGGCCUCACUCCCGCCACCCUAGCCACCCUUGCCGCAUGCUUGCGCGGCCUGACGGGGUGCGAGGCGGUGGCAGCGGCGACAUCUGUGAAGCCCACAGCUACCACAAGCCCUGUAGCGAGCGAGGAGGCACCGUCUGCGCGAGCCGCUGCAGCGGGUGGCAACAGCUGCCCCAUGCUGCGCUGCAGCCGGGACGCGUGGGUCAUCAUCGAUGCGGAUGAGAGCCAGAAGCUGCUCCUGCAACCCCAGCCGCAGCGAGCAGGGACAGCAGGGAGGGAACCCACAGCAGCAGCAGCAGCAGCACCCUCGGGCAGCAGCGCCUCCACCACCACCACCUCCUCCUCCGCAUCAUCCUGUGCCUCAACCCCCCAUGUCCCCGCCAUAACUCUGUUCAAGGUGGUCACCUCCGCUGCGCCGCCCCGCCGCUGCCUAGCGCUGGUGCAAAACGUGCACUUCCUGCCGCUAGGGCCCAGCGGCAGCGGGCCGCGCAACCCCUCGCUGCUAGCGGCCUGGGGGCGGCUGGCGGGCGUGGUGGCGGUGUCGGAAUUUGUGGCGGACUACCUGCGCAUCCACUGGCCCGCGCAGCAGCAGCAGCAACCGCGGCGGGAGCAGGGGCAGGCGCAGGGGGGCCAGGUGGUGACGGCAGCAGGUGGUAUCGGAGGCGGUGCCGCCGACGCACCGCCGCCGCCAUGCCUGCCGCCGGUGCGUGUGGUGCCCCUGGCAACCUGGGGAGUGUACGGCACGCCGCCCUUCCCCGACCUCAGCGAGCAAGCGCGGCCGCUGCUACGGGCCUG